AUGAACAAUGUUUCUUCAUCUCUGUUGGAUAUGUCUUCAUAUCCUAAUGUUUGUCUCCAUCUAUCUCUUAAUGUUUGUAGUUGUCUUCAUGAGACACAAUUUGUCAAGAAACAAAAACCUGUCCAACAAGAAACCUAUGUUUCAACAACAAACAGCACAUGCAGUUCUGUUGGGACAAGUUGUGAUUGUUCAACCAAUGUUGGUGAUCCAUGGAUGAUCAAGAAGGUGCUGACAAAUAGUGAUCUUGAUGAUAACUGUAGACUUCUGUUAAACAAAGAUAUGGCUAAGAAGUGGGUGGUUCCUGUGGUGGAUAAAGUUAGAGCUGAGAAAGAAGGAGUUGAAGUUGAAGUAUUUGAUGUUGACAUUGGAUUUCCUCUUUCUCUUACAUUCAAGAUACGACCUUCCAACGAUAGCCAUGUCUUCAACAAUACAUGGAUCACAGAUUUUGCACAGAGAAGAAGCUUGAAGAAAGGAGAUGAAAUUGCUCUGAAAUGGAAUGAAGAGAAGAAAAGAUUUGAUUUUUCAGUUCUUCAUCGGUCUUGA